AUGGGUUACUGGAAAUCAAGGGUUUUUCCAACAAUAAAGAAAUUGUUUGAGAAAAGCCCAACAAAGAAAUCUGUUGCGAAAGUAUGUUUGUUUCUCCCGGCGGUGGAAAAGUCACGAGAGGUAGAAAUUGUGGAGGAAGUCGUGAAAACUGAUGAACCUUUCAAAGAAGAGGGAACUCCAAGUAGUGAAAAAGAGAUAGAAAUAGUUGAAGAGAAGAAAGAAGAGGUUAAUCCGACAUUUGUUCCUGUCCCCGCUGCUGCCGAGGAGAAGAAGCCAGCCGUGGAAGAGGAGAAGAAGGCGGCGAUUGUGGAAGAUAAGAAGCUAGUCGUGGAAGAGGAGAAGAAGCCAGCUGUGGAAGAGAAGAAGCCAAUGGAGGAGGUCAAAAAAGAAUUUGUUGCCUCAGUGCAAGUAGCUUAA